AUAUCGGUAAUAAAUAACAAAACUGUCAUAACACGGGGGAGUUGUAGGUUCGUGACGUCACAUUUGUUUAUCGAGAGCCUGGGAGGAUGGCGAGCGAGGUGGAGAGUCGGCCGGGUGGUGGCGGAGAGAGUGAUGGGGAGGGGGAGGGAGAGUGUGAGGAUGUCGCCUCCCCACCCCUGGAGGACGCCCCCCCUCACCCUGCGCGCCGCCCCAUGAAUGCCUUCCUCAUAUUCUGCAAAAGACAUCGAGCUCAGGUACGCGAGAAAUACCCUCACCUGGAGAACCGCCAGGUGACCAAGAUCCUGGGUGAGUGGUGGGCAGACCUCCCAGCACACCAGAAGACCUCCUACACCGAGCUGGCCCGGCAGUACAAAGAGGCCUUCCUGCGCGCCAACCCUGACUUUAAGUGGUACAAGAUCCCCGCCCAGCCCCCGCGUCCCCCCCCAGCCCGCCCCUCCAACCAGAAGGUUCCUAGAUGCAACCCACUGCCCACCGAUGGUGCCAUCACCUUCGGCAAGCUGGCUGAUGAGGCUCAGAUGGGCGGCCUGAGCACCCUCCUGUCCACCGCCUCCAGCAGCAGCGGCAGCAGCAGCAGCACUACCACAAGCAGCAGCAGCACCAACCUGACCCCAAGUCCCACCCCAACCACCAGCAUCAUCCCCACCAGCCCCGCCACCACUGCCCGUCCCCCCGAUGCUUCCCCGCUGGCCGGCUCGCUCCCCCACACCCACACCCCUGCCGUCGCCGCCUCCUCAAUGAGUACAAACACCAUCAACACCGUCACCUCCGCCACACUGGCCUCCUGGAGCGGCUCCCUGCAGCGCCUGGCACCCACCCCAGCCCCAGCCCCAGCCCCGCCCCCCGCUGAGGUGCUGCCCCCUGCCAUGACCCCCCCCAAGCCCCCCAAGAAGAGGUACCUCCAUGAGAAUCUCCUUCAGGCACAGCAGAACACCGCUGCCACCACCACCACCACCACACCCCCACCUCCUGCUGUGCCAUCAACACCUGCUGAUACAGACAAGCAGAAGAAAAACUUCACUGACGACAAACACAGAAUAAACAGCCAUUGGUCACAGGGAGGAGGGAAGGCCAAGGGGGAGGGAGAGGAGGAGCAGCAGCAGCGGCAGCAACAGCAGCAACAACAGCAUCAUUAUCAUCAGCAGCAUCGUAGGGGUGCAGCCAACGGGUGUCUGCCCCAACACAGCAUAUCAGCAGCCUCCCCGCAGAUCAGCCCCUCCUAUGAUGCUGCCACCCCUUACAGCCGCGCCUCCCCCCCUGGGCAGCCCCACUCCCCCCCUGCGGAGGAUCAGCCGCUCAACCUGACUACGGAGACAACCCUGUGUGCCUCGCAGCAGCAGCUCAUCAACAAGAUCGUGGAUCGAAUGGUGCGGGGACCAACACCACACAGCCCCUCGCCACCACACUCCAGCAACACCACCACCACCAACACUGCCACCACCACUGUCACCACCACCACCACCACCACACCCCCGUCGCUCACCCCGCCUUCAGCAGACUCCAGGCCAGAAUACCCCCCGCGAUUUUUCCGCCCGGAGAACCUGAACAACAACAACAACAGCCACAACCACAACCACCACCAUCACAACCACCACCACCACCACAACAAUAACAACAACAAUAAUAACAAUAACAACAACAACAAUAACAACAACACAAAGGAGGAAGAGGGUGGGGGCCGCAAGCAGUCCUCAGAGCUGCACAAGGCCAUGGACAGCGCUCGCCUCAACGGGAUGUGUGACGUGAGCCUCCUGGUGUCCAAGACGAUUGACCUGGUGAUUGAACGCGCCUACGACGACGACAGGCGAGGACGCGACACAGGCCGAAGGGACGACGAGAGGAACGACAGAACAGAACGAGCGGAGAGAACAGACAGAGCAGAGGGAGACACACCAGCUGGAACCACUGCCACCACCACCACCGUAACCACCACCACCACCACUACUGCCACUGUCAUCACCACUGCCACCCCCACCAUCACCACCACCUCCACCGCCUCCACCACCACGGCCACCACCAACGGCAUGGCCAGCCCGGUGCCACGCUCCAGGAAGAGGGCCAAGGAGGAGGCUGGGGAGGAGGGAGACGCAGCCACCCAUAAGAAGCGGCGGGACGUUGGCGGGGGGAGUCGUCCACACCGCACAGGGACAAGGAAUGGCAUGGGGGUGGCGGGGGGCCGGUCCAGGGCUCCCCGUGCCUGCAAGGGGAAGAUAUACGAAGAGCUGAUCUCAGAGGGUGUGUUGCCCGCACCUCGGAGGUCACGCACUCGCAACAGCAGGUUGGAGGAGUCCGAGUCAAGCACCAGCCAGGACAGGGAGGACGAGGACGACCCUCACCACGGGGAGGAGGAGGAGGAGGAGAACGAGGAGGAACAGAUGGAGGAGGAGGAGGCACUGCAGCCCAAGCCAGUGGAGGGAGAAAAUGGAGAGGGUGCAGUGAGGCGGUCAGAGGAGGCCGGCAGACGGGGCCGAAGGCAGUUGCGGCGAUUACACCCUGAUGACUUCAACCUUGAGGCGAGGAUUGAGGCGCUGCCGUCGCUGAGCCUGGAUGAGUUCACACGUCGCAAGAAGGAGAGGAAGCGCACCCCCUCGGCCUCCUCCACUACCCACGCCUCACCCCAGACAUCACAGGCAACAGGAGUGGCUGCCACACCAAGCUCAAGCCGUGUGGCCUCCCAGACAGACUCCACCUCAGAUCCACCUCUCCCAGCCUCCCCUGCUGCCACCACAGCCUCCACCACCACCACACCCACCACCACCACCACCUCCCCCAAUGCCUCCACCACCACCCCUGUUCCUGCUGCUACCAUAAACACCCCCCUGACUGCCACCAACACAUCUGCCCUAACCUCCACAACCACCACUGGGCGGACUAUUGUUGGGGGGCUUAGUAUUAGCAUCAACAACAACAACAGCAACAACAGCAGCAGCAAUGGCAACAACAACAAUAGCAACAACAGUGGUAGUGGAGGAGGUAUUAUGGAAACUGAGAGAGAAGCAGUAUCUCCCACACCCUCCUCCUCCUCCACCCUGUCCUCCACCUCCUCCCUCUCCUCCUCCUCCCUCAUCGGGCAACAGCACAGUCCACCGGGGCCCAUCCUGGUCAGCGGGGGAGCUGUGUCUCCAGGGGAAGGGGGAGGUGGAGCUGUGGGGGAGGGCGGGCCGCUGAUAGGCUCACAGAAGCGAAAGGCUCGGAAACAGACCAUCACGAGGCACGACCCCGUCAACGCACCACUCAGGAGAGACACCAGUGUGGUGGAGCAGAGCCUCCUCACCAGCAUGGGUCUGGCAGCACUGGCGGAGGUAGCCCUCAGUCAGCCCGUCAUGAAGCUGUGAGCACCGCACCACUAGAGCGGAGACACGAUCACGGCCGUCUCCAACUCCUGCUGCCAACCUGCUGGAGUGGAUGUGUGCUCUGCCAGGGUUCUCCUAUGCCCUGGAUGCCCUCUGCUGGGGGUGUACUCUGCUGGGAAUGUCCUCUGCUAGAAGUGUCCUUUGCUGGGGCUGUUCUUGACUCUGUAUGUCCUCCGCUGGGCAUGUGCUCUGCUGGAGGUAUACUAGGAUGUCCUAUGCCCUAAACAUCCUCUGCUGGACAUCCUUUGUGGGGGCUGUCCUCUGCUAGACAAGUCCUCUGCAGGAGUGUCCUUUCCUGGGGCUGUUCUCUGCUACCUAAUGCCGUGGAGACACCAGCACUGCAAGCUUGGGGGGUGAUGGCAGACACUUCUAACCCUAAGUCACAGUGUUCUGCUGACUGUUGUGAAUCCUAAUGCGAGACUCAACGGACCGCCAACUUAGCCUAAGGAACAGUGGAAAGAACGCACUCAACACUCUCUGCCAAAGUCUAGUGAUAGCUCUGUGGCGGUGCAAAGAAGAGUUGGGUCGCCUUGUGGAGCACUGCAUUCCUUAGUGUUGAAUGUCCUGGCUCAAAGCAAAGAACAGUGAUGACAAGAGCCAGCUGUCCAUGUGGGCAUGAAACAAAAUUUGUUGGGGAGAUGUGGAGCCCUCGCCCCACCUAUGCUCCGGCCAGCCAGCCAGCCAGCCAGUCCUCCCUGAGUGUGCCUGGUCAUGGUGGUUGGCCAGACCGAGGAGGGAGGGAGGCAGUUGCAGGAGCCUCACAAUACAACACAAUGCAUCAGCUGUGUCUGCCAAGCCUCAGGGGAAAUGAGCAACUUGAUGUGUAUUUGAAUCUUGAGUUUGUCUCCAUUUUUUUCCCCUUUUGUUGAGUGUUAGACACCUUGAAAGUCUAUAACUUCUUACAAGAGUGAGAAGCCACACUGGUGUGCCUCUCCUAUAGGGCUGGCAAACUGUGUGAGCCAGACUGAGCCAACCAGGAUGUUGACAGUAGUGCUCCUGUGGUGAUGCAGGACACAUGUAGCCCCUGGGAUGCCCAGCGGUCAUUUGAGUGUUUACAAGUGGUGGCGGUGGCGCCCGUGUGAGUAUGUGUGCGUGUGUGCAUGUGUGUGUGUUCACUGCUAGCAGCAGCGACAGUGGUGGCAGCAAGUCGUGCUCAAGAGGCCGGUGAAGCAAACAAAUUUUCCGUGUGAUGGUGUCUGUGAUCUGUGCCCGGACCACGCAGAGAUGCAGUGCUCUGCCCUGCGUGUAUUCAGUACCAAAUCUUUGAUUCCUGCGACAGGAAGACACGUUAUGCUGACUGUGGCAUGGUAGGAAGUGACCUUUCGUAACCCUAAGACUGAGAGUGUGCCUGACUCUCGCCAACAAAGCUUAAGGAAUCAAGUAUUUUCAUUUUAUCUUACUUUAACAAAACAACUUCCCUGUGAAGUGUGUUGCUUCAGUAUUGUCUGUUCUUAUAUCCUGAUUACCAAGAAUUGAAUCUCCACAACCUAUGUCACUGACUGGCAAACUGUGUGUGUGCCAUUCAGUCUCCCCUACAACCUUUCCCACUGACUGGCAGACUGUGUGAGAGAGACAUUCACUUCCCAACAACCCUUCCCAAUAACUGGCACACUGUUUUUGUGCCAGUCUGUUUCCCCUCAACCUUUCCUUGACUGGCAGGCAGUGUGUUUGUGCCAGUCUAUUUCCACAACCUUCCCUUGACUGGCAGACUGUGUGUGUUGACCAGUCAGUCCCUACAACCCAUCCCUGGACUGGCAGGCAGACAAUGUGUGCAGCAGCCAGUCAGUCUCCUGUACUGUAGCAUAGAGAGAGAGUGGAGGGAGGGGGGCUAGCAGGGCUGGCCACUCCCUGCAGGUAGUUGGCUUGAAGCACACCACUUUAUUUUAAUGAAUAGAAAAAGGACUUUAUACAAAUUUUAAACUAUUUUCAGGUCUAUAAGGGAACACGAAUGUUCUGUGAAUAUAUCAAAUAUAUUGUUGUAAUUUUUGAUAAUUAAUUAGUCUACUGAUGAAUAUAAUUUAGGCAGAAAUAACAAUGUAGACCUUGAGGUCAGUGGUUUUAGGACCCUCGUGGGUGUCAGACCUUGAGAAGGUCUCCAGCUAGCUGGUAGAGUGGUCAGGGCGGCCUGCCGGGGGGACAGAGGCCAAGUACAGGACAUUUACCCUGGACCUUUUAACCCCCACGUAUUCCCUCUAGACACUUUCCCCUCAUGGACAUUAAGCACUCCAGCCAUCCUCAAUCCUUAUUUAUUUAUCACCAAUUUUCAAACUAAUGAUUCCUAACCAGAUGGUGUAACUUGAACCAGAUGUUGACCCAGCCCGAUAAAUCAGUGAGAAAUUUUGUCAGUGUUUCUUCAUGAUAACACAGUGUUGUUGAAUAUCCCUCGGGGAAACUGUCCACAGAGGAAACUGUCCACAGGGAAUUAUUACUGGGCCUCAGUGUGGCCUCCUGCCCCUCCUCAGGGCAGGGGGCCGCCCCAGGCAGGCCGCUGUAAUGUACACUACCCUACACCUCCCAGGUAGCUCACCUCUAUAUUUGUAGGUUUGUCUCUUCUUGACACGCUUCUCUAUUUUCUAAUGUCAAUUACAGGCUUUUAGACAAGUAUUUUAUACCCUUGGUUGAUGACCAUGUUGUUUGAAAAGCUAGCAUGUGUCUUAGCAUAUUUUCCUGAGGAUUUUAUCCUUUUGUACUACUGUAGAGUACUGCGAGUGAGUACCACAAGUAAGCGUUACGCAAUGCGGGGUUGUUGUGUUGGCGGUGAGUGUUGCGUGUGUUGUUGUGUUAGUGUUGAGUUGCUCCUGAGUCAUGGUGGUGAUGGUGGUGGAGCUUGUUGGCCGCCGAACCUACACCACGGCGGGAGGAGGAGGAUUAAGCUGAUAUACAAAGCCCGUACCUGAUGAUUACCGGGGAAGAAGAACCAGUUAUCCAUUGAGUCUUUAGUUGUGGCGGCGUGGAGGCUGAAGACUGAGGACUUUAGGGGCUGGUCAUAAUCCCCAUUGGACGUUUCCCCCCCUGACAUUUUCCCCCAGAACAUAUUUCCCUCUGGACAUUUCAACCCCCUGAAAUUUCCCCCUGGAGCUUCCCUUGUUGACAUUUUACCCCCUUCAUAUAUUCAACAAUGCUGUGCUAUCAUGACGAAACACUGAAGAGAUUUGUUACUAACUGAACAGGGCAAGGCUACCAUCUUGUUGAGAUUAUAGUGUUUUGUUAGUUUGAAAACUGGUGAUAAUUAACCAUGUAUGGUGGAAUGUCUGGAGGGAAUAAGUCUGGGGGCAAGGUUCAGGGGGAAUGUCCUACACUCGUUGACUUUUCCUACAUCGUUGUAGCGAGCGGCGCGCGGGCUUGGCGUCACCUCGUGCUCACCGGUCAGCCAGGCCUGUGCGUGUCUUUUAUUAGUGUGUUUUUGUAGCCUUUUACUAAUAUGUACGUACUUCCACUGUCACUUAAGUGCACUUGCCAGAGAGUAAUACUACAUACAAAGUUGUUUGAACUGAAAUUUCUAUCCAACUCUAAGAAAGUUUAAUCUAAUGAAAAAUUUCAGUUUCAACUUCAGGUACACAAGAAUUCUAGGGCUCAGAGUUGACCUGAACCAAGGGUGUGAGAGUGAGGGAGAGGGAGCAGCCGGGGAGCAGCGGCCCCUGCCUCCUGGGGCGGUAGUGGGGUGGAACACGACGCCCCCUGCCCCCCAGGAGGGAGUGGUCAGCCGCAGGCAGUGAACAACCCAUUGGGAAAGACAAGUGUGCAUUUAUGUAUUAUAUUGUAAUAUAAAGAAGAGUAAAAAUUCCCUAUAUAUGCAGAUAUAUAUGAAUGAUAAUGUUAAUAAAUCUAUUUAUUCUAAACUAAAA